AUGGCCACUCCCGACAUGCUCGAACCUUUCCUCGACUUCACAGAGAAGUCCGACGGGCCGCCGGACGUUCGCUUUGUUCAAGCCUGGUGGCCAAGCUACAUGGCUAUCGACAUCAAGGAUCUCACGGCGGGCGAGCGGGAAAUCCUCGUCCAUGGUGGGAGAGCGGACAAGAUGCUCAGCAUUGUUAAGCGAUCCCCCUCCUUCCUUGACUACGGCCAGCGGGGCUUGGCAGUUCUGAUUUUUGGUGUCACCUCCUGGUCGACUCGGCAGCUCAGCCAUCCCACCGGCGACAAUCAACGAGUUCUGUGGGAAGCAUUGCCCACCUGUUACAGCGGGCCCGUCACAAUCUGUGCCAAAGAUGGGCAUAUCGCGGAGGGAGGAGAAAUCAUCUCGGGGACCUUGAUGGAUUGGAGCGUGCAGGAGGAUGGCAGCGGGAAAUGCAAGCUCAUGGAGUACCCCAAGCCCUUUACAUUCCAGGUGGAAGACCUGAUUGCGGGCACGCUGGUGAAACUCCAGAACAUCAACCUGGCUCCCGGUUCUCUUCCCCAAGAGCCUGCUGUCGCUAGUGGUUAG